AUGAGCUACUACAAGCUCUGUGUCGGGCACCGCUGCCUCGUGUUCCACCUCGCCUGCACCGAUGCCAUACUAGAGGCGUUGCGCCGGUUCCUCGCUGACUACAGGGUCACCUUCGUCGGAUCGGGCUCCACCCACAAUGGGCGCAUGCUGUGGGAGCACUACGGCCUCGACAUGGCGUGCGGGCUAGAGUCCACGCUGCCGCCGUCAUGGGGAACGCCUCCCUCCGUCGAGCAGAUGGCGGCUGGUUCCUCGAGAACCCACUGCAAGCCUAGAGACCGACGCUCCGUCGCCCGCCCGCCCGUGACGCCGCUGUCGCUUCGCAGACCUAGACGACCGGCAUCCAACACGAGCUACUGCAAGCUCUGCGUCGGGCACCGCUGCCUCGUGUUCCACCUCGCCUGCGCCGACGCCAUACCAGAGGCAUUGCGCCGGUUCCUCGCUGACCCCAGGGUCACCUUCGUCGGAUCGGGCUCCGCCCACGAUGGGCGCAUGCUGUGGGAGCACUACGGCCUCGACAUGGCGUGCGGGCUGGAGUCCACGCCGCCGCCAUCAUGGGGAACGCCUCCCUCCGUCGAGCAGAUGGCGGCUGGUUCCUCGGGAACCCACUGCAAGCCUAGAGACGUCAGUGCGAGGGCGAUGCACUCACAUAAGACAAUUGGUAUGACUAUGGGUUUGAUCAGGACGAUGAACAGGAGUUCGAAGAGUUCUACGUGCUUUGAUUGA